AUGGACGUUUGCCUGGAAGAACGUGAAGCACCAUUGAAAGUUGCAAAGAAGACACUGAAGACAUAUACUGGGGAUCCGGUACCUGUAUGUGGAGAGUUGGAAGUGUGGGUAGACACUCCGGAUGGACGCCGAUUGUCUCUUCCGCUUGUGGUAGUGGCAGGCUCUGGCCCUAGUUUAUUAGGAAGAGACUGGAUUCGAGAAGUACAAAUUGAUUGGGGAAGUGUUCAUCUGUUAUUGCAAGGUGUGAAAGUGAAAUUGCCUAUGACAGAAAUGACGAGUCCCAAGUUUUACCGACCAAGACAAGUACCGUAUGCUUUGAGAGUGAAGAUAGAGGAAGAAUUGUUCGACCUCAGAAAAGCCGGAAUUAUUCAGCCAAUUCACUAUUCGGAGUGGGCGGAUCCCAUAGUUCCGGUGUUGAAGAACAAUGGAAAGGUCAGAAUCUAUGGAGACUAUCGGUUGACAUUGAAUCAAGUGUCGAUAUGCGAUACUUAUCCCAUUCCACGUAUUGUUGCUCGAAUAUCAGGAGGACAGAAGUUUACAACUCUGGAUUUGGUUAGAACAUAUCAACGGCUUGUACUCGAUGGGAAAUCACGUAAGACAGGGUUACAUCCGGACAAGGGACGAAUCCAGGCAAUUACGGAGGCACCUAGACCAGAAAACGUUACAGAAUUAAAAGCGUACCUAGGAUUGCUAUCGUAUUAUGGCACAUUCUUACAGAAUUUAUCAACAGCUCCAGCUCCACUACAUAGAUUGUUACGAAAAAGAGCAAAGUGGAGCUGGUCAUGUGAACAAGAACGAGGUUUAUCGCCAAUCAAAACAUCUGUUAGUGUCAGUCAAAGUGUUAGCACAUUUCGAUCCACAGCAAGAGUCCGUCAUAACUUGAGAUGCUUCGUCGUACGGUUUAGGUCUGUAUUGGCUCAGAAAGGAAACGACGUAAAAGAACACCCAGUAGCAUUCGGAUCGAGAACAUUGACGAAAGCGGAGAGGAAUUAUGCACAGGUGGAAAGAGAAGCAUUGGCAGUAAUUUUGGUCAACAAAGGAUUGUUUGCGGAAAAUACGUCUCUUCCGCCAAUGGCAUCAGCGAGAAUUCAUCGAUGGGCCAUGAUCAUAUCAGGUUACAGUUAUAAGUUGCGAUACAAACCAGGCCGGUACAUCGGUAAUGCUGACGCCUGCAGUCAAUUGCCCUUACAACUACCGUCGACAAUGGAGGAAGUACAACCAGAGACAAUUCAAUUUUUACAGCAACUGGAAUCGUCACCAGUAUUGGCAAGAGAUCCCAAUAAACCACUAAUCGAAGCGUUAACUCCUUACUGGCGAAGUGGUUGUACCACCAAGGGCAACAACGAUUUUGGAAGAGUUACAUGCUGGUCAUCUUGGUGUAGCUUGGAUGAAAGGUUAGCCAGAACGAUAGUAUGGUGGCGAGGACUGGAUGGGGACAUCGAACGCAAGGUCCAAGGUUGUUCUAGUUGUCAAGAACAACCUCAGCAGCCGUGGAUGAGGGUGCACGUGGACUACGCUGGGCCUUUGCUAGGAAAAAUGUUCCUUGUACUCAUUGACGCACAUUCGAAGUGGAUGGAAGUAGAACAUGUAGAAUCAGCGACGACGAAAACUACGGUGGAGCAGUUAAGAAAUAUUUUCUCGACUCAUGGAAUUCCUGAGAAACUGGUAUCAGACAUUGGGUCAGUAUUCACCAGUCAAGAAUUUACCGAUUCAGUAAAAUCGAAUGGAAUAGACCACAUUAAAACAGCACCGCAUCAUCCAUCAAGUAACGGACUAGCGGAAAGAGCAGUACCAGUAUUGAAGAAGGACUGCCCUAGCAAAACAAGGAACAUUGACAUAUCGUUUGACACAAGUGUUGUUCAGCUACACGAUUACACCGCAUUCAACGACAGGAAUAUCACCUGCGGAAUUAUUAAUGGGUCGCAAAUUACGGUCACGUUUAGAUUUGUUACACCCCAACUUGGAGCAAACAGUACACAAAGAGCAAUGGCAACAGAAACAAUUCUAUAA